GUUAUUGAUAUCAAUUAUGAAAAUCUAUUGCGCAUAAGCUCUACCAAAUACAGAAUUCCUGAGUAUUCAUACAUUAUAAGAGCUUAAAGCUUAUAUUAAAUUCAUUAUGAAUUUCUCCUUUUUUGAAUUUGAUUAGGUAAUUUAUGUAUUUAACAAUCAGUUUGACUUACUCUAGAUGAUUACUUAAUUGAAGAUUAAAGAGCAACGGUAAGUGAUUUAGGAAGAUAAAAUGUAUCUGGAAAUACCAAAUUCUGAUGGAUUACAAUAGAUAUUUCAUUCUGAAAACUACCAAAUGAAUAAAUAUCUUCUAUAUAAGCACUUAGGAUCCGCUCUAUCUCCUGUAUUUCAUAAAAUUAAAUAAGCCAGGUUUGAUUGAAAUAAUCAAAUAGAAUCAACUUAGCAUAGUAUCUAAAGUACAUAUAAUAUUUCAAGGGAUUCCUUAUAAAAUAUUUAAGUAUAAGUUGUGUGAAUUGAAUAAUUUCAGAAAUUCACUCCUUUCUAGAAAGGCUCGAAUUUCUUAAAUAUCGAUUUUGCAUUGAAGUCGUAAUUCUCAAUAGAGCAAUCUCUGAUAAUUGAGUAGGAUACAAAUAGAAACUAAUAAAUCUUCAAGUUGAAAUUGCCUAUGUAUUGUGAACUACUGAAUUUGAAUUUGAGAACACAAUUUGAAGGUCCAAUGGUGGGGAUGAUAAUUGAAUGA